AUGGGCCCCCCCGGCGUGCUGCCCGCCCUGGCCUGGCUGCUGGCAGGGCUGAGCGUGCCGGCGCCGAGCCGGGCCCAGCUGCACGGCGAGAAGGGCAUCUCCAUUCCCGACCACGGCUUCUGCCAGCCCAUCUCCAUCCCGCUCUGCACCGACAUCGCCUACAACCAGACCAUCAUGCCCAACCUGCUAGGUCACACCAACCAGGAGGACGCAGGGCUGGAGGUCCACCAGUUCUACCCGCUGGUGAAGGUGCAGUGCUCGCUGGAGCUGAAGUUCUUCCUGUGUUCCAUGUACGCGCCUGUGUGCACGGUGCUGGAGCAGGCCAUCCCGCCGUGCCGCUCCAUCUGCGAGCGGGCGCGCCAGGGCUGCGAGGCCCUCAUGAACAAAUUUGGGUUCCAGUGGCCGGAGCGGUUGCGAUGUGAGAACUUCCCCCGGCACGGCGCCGAGCAGAUCUGUGUGGGGCAGAACCACUCGGAGGACGGUGGCUCCCCAGCACUGCUGACCAGUGCCACACCGCUGGCUGGCCAGGGCACCCCUGGCGCCCCCCGCUAUGCCACCCUCGACCACCCCUUCCACUGCCCACGGGCGCUGAAGGUGCCCAGCUACCUCAACUACAAGUUCCUGGGGGAGAAGGACUGCGCGGCGCCCUGUGAGCCCACCCGUCCCGAUGGCCACAUGUUCUUCAACGAGGAUGAGAUCCGCUUUGCCCGCAUCUGGAUCCUCAUCUGGUCUGUCCUGUGCUGUGCCUCCACGUUCUUCACCGUCACCACCUACCUGGUGGACAUGCAGCGCUUCCGCUACCCUGAACGACCCAUCAUCUUCCUCUCGGGGUGCUACACCAUGGUGUCAGUAGCCUACAUUGCCGGCUUUGUGCUGGAGGAGAAGGUGGUCUGCAACGAGCGCUUCCAGGAGGACGGCUACCGCACUGUGGUGCAGGGCACUAAGAAGGAGGGCUGCACCAUCCUCUUCAUGAUGCUCUACUUCUUCAGCAUGGCCAGCUCCAUCUGGUGGGUCAUCCUCUCCCUCACCUGGUUCCUGGCUGCUGGCAUGAAAUGGGGCCAUGAGGCCAUCGAGGCCAACUCCCAGUACUUCCACUUGGCCGCCUGGGCAGUGCCAGCCGUCAAGACCAUCACCAUCCUGGCCAUGGGGCAGAUCGAUGGGGACCUGCUGAGUGGUGUCUGCUUUGUGGGCCUCAACAACAUCGACCCUCUGCGGGGCUUCGUGCUGGCCCCGCUCUUUGUCUACCUCUUCAUCGGCACCUCCUUCCUCCUGGCCGGCUUCGUCUCCCUCUUCCGCAUCCGCACCAUCAUGAAGCAUGGCGGCACCAAGACGGAGAAGCUGGAGCGGCUCAUGGUUCGCAUCGGGGUCUUCAGCGUCCUCUACACCGUCCCAGCCACCAUUGUCAUCGCCUGCUACUUCUACGAGCAGGCGUUCCGCGAGCACUGGGAGCGCAGCUGGAUCAGCCAGAACUGCAAGAGCUUGGCCAUCCCCUGCCCGCUCCACUUCACCCCCCGCAUGACCCCCGACUUCACCGUCUACAUGAUCAAGUAUCUCAUGACUCUGAUCGUGGGCAUCACCUCUGGGUUCUGGAUAUGGUCGGGCAAAACCCUGCACUCCUGGAGGAAGUUCUACACUCGGCUCACCAACAGCAAGCAGGGCGAGACCACGGUGUGACCCCCCCGGCCCCACUGCCCUUCGGCCUGAAAUAUUUUUUUGGGGGUGGGG